AGAGAGAGAGAGAGAGAGAGAAUGAGAAAGAAAGAACUGAGGGGAGUUUCUAAGUGAGAACAGAGCAUGUACUGUUUCUUAUUACACACUGUGAUUUUGGGAACGGAGAAAGAAAAUGAGAGAGAAGAGACAAAAAUAGAGAAAAGUAGAGUAGGCUAGAUGGUGGCCUGGGCUCUGGAGGAUGGUGUAACUACUGGAGAGUUGUUACGUGGCUGUGUCUAGAUGUAUAGCUACAUCUUGUUGUAUUGCGUAGUUUAUUGUAUAGGUGCAGUGUGCGUUUAUGGAUUGGUUGACUGUGGAAAAUGAACUUCUCCUUUGUAAUGUACGUUCUCUUGACUAGAGCUCUCAUAGCAGGUGUGUGUGAGGCCCUGAACGUGACCGUGAUCCCUGGGCCAGUUGUAAUGGUUAGUGAGGGUGAGAACCUGAACCUGUCCUGCCUCGUCUCCCAGAAGAAGAGGAGCAACAGCUUCCUCGUCCUCCGAUGGCUCUUCUCUCCUCCUCCUCCCUCUUUCCCUCCUCUCCCUCCAUCCCCAUCUCCUCCUCUUCCUGAACAGCUGAUUGUGAAGUUGACCAUGAAGAAGAUACAGAUAUAUGGGAACUACAGUUGCCGGUUCUCCCAGCCCAAGUUCCAUCUGUAUGAGGAGAGAGAGGGAAGGACAGAGGGAGAGGUGUAUGGACUGCUGGUUCUGAAUGUGACUCGAAGGGAUCGAGGGUUCUACACCUGUAGGGUCCAGGAGAUACGCAGACACAGAAACAGCUGGAAGGCUUCGUCUAAUGGCACCUCUGCAGCCCAGCUCACUGUAUACAUCCCACUGGACAGGAGCGAUGAGGGAGUGUGGCGUCUAUUUGGAGAUGUGUACCUGUGUGCAGUGCUCCUCUGCUCCUUGGGACUGCUCUCCAUCUUCCUGUUCACGCUGGUCCUCACCUGCCAGUACCUGCACACACGUCAUACACUCAAAAAAGCCAGUUAUUACCUGGUCAAGUGUCCAGAGAGCUGCUCUGGAGAGACGGUGACCAGUUCAGUGAGCUCCUCCAGCCUGUCUCCUGGAAACCACAGGAAGGAGAAGAGACACAAAGCAUGCAGGAGAGACACACCCAGAGAACCAGAGACACCGCCACACAGAGUAGAUAAAGUGCCUGUAGCUACAGAGAGACAGACUCCCAGGAAGCCUCUACGUUUAAAGAGCCAGCCCAGGAGGCCGGUUAGGUCGAGUGUCUAUGAGGAGGACAGCCUGACGUAUGCAGAGUUGGAGCUAGUACGACCCAGGCCUGAAACGCCCUCCUGUUCCACCUCUCCGUCUUCUCUCUCCAUCCCCGAGCCUCUAGCCUCCAGCCCUUCCAGCUCUGACACUGUCUACGCCCAGAUCCUAUUCCGGGAGAAACCGCUGUAGAUGUCUUAUUUAACCAGGAAAGAACUUUGAGUUUGAAAACAUAUUUUUGUGUAGGCGACCUGGCAAGAUACAGUACAUAGACUCAUCGGAUCUUUGGCACUGCCUUUUGGCCAUUGAUGUGCGCCAAUAGACUGUGUUAGCCUGCUGAGCCAAAGUUUUGGCACAAGCUACAAACCUUCAAGGUUUCAGACAGAGUUCAUUGAAAAGAAAUGAAACAAACCCAUUAUUAUUUCAAAGGACUCAACGAGAUAAACGAGAAAAACCUGCUUCACACCUUGACUCUAUUGAUGAAAUAUCUAUGUGGUUUUGUGUGUUGUUUAGUGUGCAUCUCUGGUGGUUUUGUCCAGGUGCCAGAUUAUCUGUGUUAGAGAUGUGUGUAAAAUAAUUGUAUAUCAUUUCUGCAUUCAACAAUGCUAGAAAUUGUAUAUGCUAGCUACUGUAUAUCAUUACCUUGCAAACAUAUUGGCAAAACAACAAGUUGGCUCAGGCAGAAAGCAUUGGAACUCUGCUUAAUGUUGAAAUGUGUAAAUAGGCUACUAAUGUAUCUAAUGAUUGUGGAGAUGUUUCAUAUCUAAAUUGCUGUAUACAUAAUUUUAGAACUGAAUUUAACCUGACAUAUGAUAUGGUCCUUCUUUUCAUAUUUGUUUCCCAUUUCAAUAAACUGUUUGAGUUUGUAAACGACUCUCUUGAGC